AUGCAGUUAUUUUCAAUGUGGACCAAAGUUGUUUUCAUCAACUUGGCCUUUGCUCUUUAUUCUGAAACUGCUCUCCCAAAAUAUUCAGUACAAAGAAUGCAAAUAGACUGUAAACCAUAUGCACAUUAUGCUGACACGUGUCCUACAGAGUAUUAUCCAAUCUGUGCAACUAAUGGAAAAACUUACUGCAAUAGAUGUAUUUUCUGUACUUCACUGAGACUUGAUAAAAUGUCUUCCUCUUUAUUAUGGAUCAAAAUCGUUUUCAUCCUGGCCUUGGUGUUUCUUCUUUAUUAUGAAACUACUUUUGCGUUUUCAACAAAAGUCCGUCCUAAGCCUAACUGUGACCUGUACAAAAAUUUUCCAAAUAAGUGUACCAGGGAAAAGGAUCCAGUUUGUGGAACUGAUGGACAUACUUAUAGCAAUGAAUGUAUUUUCUGCAGUGCCAUGAUAACCUCUGAAGAAAAAUUUGAUUAUCGACAUCAUGGUCCUUGCUGAAUUUUGUAUGGGUUACACGUAGCCCAUCCUUUUUCAUAGUGGAUCCUGCAAUCAACUAAAAUUUCUCAAUUAGUGCUUCAAAUUCCUAGACAACAAAUGAUGUCUUUUGUGGCUGAUCAGGUAGAAUACAGGAUAUUGAAGAAUUUCUCCAACCUGUAAUU